UCGAAGGCCAACUGUGACGUCAGAAGACCCGCUUCCGACCCGCACACGGGUCAAGCACUCCACGCCGCCGCCGCCCGCGCUCCGACGCCGCCCGCCCGUCCGGGGCUCUCUCCGCGCAGCACAAGCUAGAGGCUGGAAUUCCCUCUCUCUCUCCAGAGGCCGCAGGCCCGCAGUCCAGAACAGCAAAGCUGUAAUAUUCCGCGAUCGACGAGCCGUUCGGGUCAUGGCCGCCGCAGAGGCGCGGGCGCGGCAGGAGAAGGUGAGAAAGUUCGAGGAAUUCGUCGACCGGCGGCUGAAGCCAGACCUCGCCAACGCAAUCGCCCAGCGCGAUAAGGUGUUCCAGCAGCAGAAGACCUUUUUGGAUUUGAAGAGGAACAUUGAAAAUUUGGAGAGGAAUGGCGUCACCAGCAUGCGAUCCAUGGUCAAUCUUGGCUCGGAGGUGUACAUGCAGGCACAAGUGCCGGAUACAAGGCGCAUUUUCGUGGAUAUUGGUCUAGGUUUUCAUGUGGAAUUUACUUGGCAAGAAGCUUUGCAGUUUAUAUCUGUAAGAGAGGCAAGGUUGGCUAGGCAAAUAGAUGAAUACACGCAUCUCAUCGCAAGCAUAAAGGCACAGAUCAAGAUGGUAUGUGAAGGUAUCCGCGAGCUGCUGCAGCUACCACCAGAGACAGAGUUAGCACCAAGGAAUACCUGGUAGAAUUUGCUUCUCUUGUCAAAGUUUGGUGCCAUCGAACUUGUAAAAUGUACCGCAGUUCUGCAAAAAGAUGGUUCCAUUUUUAUAUAACAGUAACAGCAAAUCUUGGAGGGUUUUU